GUUUGUUUUGGACGGGGGGACAGACGGGGGGAGAGGGAGCAGUGACCGUGAGAGAGUCCGCGGCCAGUCAACUAUACCUGCAGCUGGACGGAGCCACGACGACACCACGAUGCAUCCCCAUCUCUGUCCCGACGCCCUCUGGGUUCCGCUGCUCAGUCUGCUGCUCCUCUGCACCCCUGCAGUCCACACGGCCAAAUGUCCGCAGCAGUGCAUGUGCGACCAGAUCCAACUCACUGUGACCUGCGUCAACAAGAACCUGACCCAAGUUCCUCCCACUGUUGAUGAGAUCACAGUGAAAUUAGAUCUUCGAGGUAAUGACAUCCAGGAGCUUCCAUCCGGGUCUUUUAGACACACGCCCUACCUGACCCACCUGUCGCUGCAGCGCUGUAACAUCCGCAGGGUGAAGGAGGGGGCUUUCCGCGGCCUCGGUCGCUUGGUCUUCCUCAACCUGGCCAACAACAACAUCGAGAUCCUCUACCAGGAGUCGUUUGAUGGUCUGUCCUCGCUGAAGCAGCUCAUGAUCGACCGUAACCGCGUGGAAGAGAUCCAGCCUGGGGCUUUCUCUCAGCUGGGCUUCCUCAACCUGCUCUCCAUUACGCACAAUCAGCUGGUCUACAUCCCCAACAUGGCCUUCCAGGGCUUGCAGAACAUCAAAUGGCUUCGUCUCAGCCACAACUCCCUGAACUACCUGGACACCGAGGCCUUCGCCGGUCUGUUCACCCUCAACCGCCUCAGUCUGGACCACAAUGAGAUUCAGUUCUUUCCCACCGAGACCAUGACAAGACUACCUGAGGUGACCCGUCUGGAUCUGAGCUAUAACCCCAUGACAUACCUUGGGGAAGAUGUAGUGUCCAUGGCCAAGCUCACCCAAUUGUUCCUGGAUCACAUGUCACUGCAGGACAUGGCCAACACGGCUAUUUCUAAAUCCCCCAGCCUCACCCACCUUGACAUCAGCUACAACCAGCUCCGCGUCAUCCAGCCAUUCUCUGAAGGUUCACCGAAGCUGGCGCGCCUCAACCUGGCUGGGAACCCCAUCUAUUGCAACUGCUACCUUCGUCCGCUAAGGGAGUGGGCGAUCCGUAGCAAGGUGAAGCUGAUGGGGACAUGUGGAGGACCAGCCCAUCUCUCUGGAGAAAACCUGGAGGCUGUCCACCCUCCAGAGCUGCGCUGUCAGAGCCAGGAGGCUAUGCUGAAGGCUGAGUUCGAGGAGGCAACCAGGAUCGCACCUCCACCCACCGAAGAGCCCGAGAACAAAAUCAAGUGUCCUGUCAACUGUGUCUGUGAGGCUGAGACACAACACUCCUCAUGUGAAAAUCGCAGUCACACCAAAGUUCCUCGCGGUUUCGCUCCCAACACACGCCUCCUCGACCUGCGUGGCAACCACUUCCACUACAUCUCCAGCAACAGCUUCCCCGGUGUCGCCCAGGUCGUGUCCCUGCACCUGCAGCGCUGCAAGAUAGUGGAGGUGGAAGGCGGGGCUUUCAGUGGGAUGAAGGGACUGAUCUACUUGUACCUGUCAGAGAAUGACCUCACUUCCCUCAGCCCUGAUGCCUUUAAAGGGCUUUCUCAGCUGACUUACCUUCACCUAGAGAAAAACCGCUUCACCAGUUUCCCCAAAGAAGCCUUCAAACUGGUGCCCAGCCUUCUAGCACUUCACCUGGAAAACAACGCCAUCACCAAGCUGGAGCCGGGCAUCCUGACUGGGGCCGAGGGUCUCAGAGCUCUCUACCUCACCGGGAACGCCAUCGGUCAAAUCUCGCCCAGGGCACUGGACCAGGGCAAUGACCUUGACACGCUCCACCUGGGAGGCAACAAGCUAAAGGACGUGCCAACCGAAGCGCUGGGCAAGGUGGGGAACCUCAGGGACCUGAGGCUGUCUGGGAAUUCAAUUCGCUGGGUGGGGCCAAAUGCAUUUCGGCCACUGGAGAGGUCACUGAAAGAGCUGUAUCUGGAUAACAUGGGACUGGAGAAGAUGUCGCAGAACUCCCUGGCAGGCCUGGGUGCGGGGUUGAGAAGUCUCUUCCUGGAGGGCAACCAGCUGGAGGAGGUGCCUGACCUCCACCCUCUCACUUCUUUGGAGGUCAUCAACCUGGCCGACAAUCCCCUGAUGUGUGACUGCCCUCUGCUGCCUCUGCGCCUGUGGAUUGAGAAAGUUAACCUCAAGGUACGAGCCACGUGUGCAAAUCCCCCCGAGAUGAGGGGUCGCAGGGUCAAGGACGUCCACGUCUUCAAAGCCUGCCCCGGGGGAGAGAGCCUCCCCUCCACGCCUACCGUUGCCCCAAAGUCCCCGAAGGCGCCAAAGGCAACCAAACCCAAGCCGAUGCACCUCAACAAAAUGCUCAGGGCCAAAUCCAGACUCCACAAGAGUCCAACUGCCAAACAGGCAGCAGCCAAGAAAACCAAAAGACGCAGCAUGGCCUGAACCUGCUGCCUUCGGAGUUUCGUCUGGAUUCCGUACCGAGACCAAAGCUUCCAAACAACAGUCCACAGUCAAAGAUUGAGGCCAAACAACAGCUCACUAAAAAACUGUAACCUCUAACAACUAUGUCACCUUUUAGUCAGUUUUCAUUAAAAUCUUACAGUAUUUCCUCUUGGCUGUCUAAUCAAUAGUGUUAAACAUUAAAUCCAUAUUCCCAGUUAAGGUCAGCGUGGUUAGACCAAAGGCUUUCAGCUCCUUCUGCAGUUUUGUUGGAAGUUUUAGGAAGGAAGUGAAAAAAGUGAGGGGUCAUUAGCACAGAAGCACUACACUGCUCCCACUUGAUUAAAAACAAUACAUUCUUUGGCUUCGUGCAAGUUAUUCUUAACCACUACAUCACAGCCUCAAGUUGCAGA